UUUCUCACGCGAGCGAGCAGAUAGCAACAUGUCUUUAUAAAUAGUUGAACGGUGUUGAUAAGAAGGGAAGCGCGCAGGCGGCGUUUGGCGAUCGGCUGCAUUCCCAUUUCUUCCCUCGUAUUGUAUUCUGGUACAUCUGCUAUCAGGCAAAAUGCGAGGUGCAAUUCAAGCAAUCCGAUCGCAUGGAAACAUUCUUAGGCAGGCAGUUCUACAACGUGUUCGUAUUUUGGACCCAGUCAUGCGGCCUGCUAUAUUUUCGCGUUUUGAGUCAGUUUCCUCUGCUCGCUUGGAAGAGCAUGGAUUUGAAAGUACCACAAUCUCUGACAUUCUGAAGGGCAAAGGUAAAAGUGCUGAUGGGUCUUGGCUUUGGUGCACAACAGACGACAGUGUUUAUGAUGCUGUGAAGUCGAUGACUCAACAUAAUGUUGGUGCUUUGGUGGUGGUAAAACCUGGAGAGCAAAAGUCAAUUGCUGGAAUUAUUACCGAGAGAGACUAUCUCAGGAAGAUCAUUGUGCAGGGAAGAUCUUCUAAGUCGACAAAAGUUGGGGACAUUAUGACUGAGGAGAACAGGCUCAUCACAGUGACACCUGACACCAAGGUUCUCCGGGCAAUGCAGCUGAUGACAGAUAACCGCAUCAGGCACAUUCCGGUGAUUGAUGACAAGGAAAUGAUUGGCAUGGUAUCCAUUGGAGAUGUCGUUCGAGCUGUAGUGAGUGAGCACCGGGAGGAGCUGGACCGCCUGAAUGCCUAUAUACAGGGGGGUUACUAGGCAUUUGGACGUGUUGAUGCUGCUGAUGAUGACAAGCUGAUGUUGAAGCAGAGACUUUCAAGUGGGUUUUACGAGGAAUGGUUGUACAUAUUUGUGUUGUGUUUCUCACCGUACUUCCCAAGUCUUUUGAGUUGUCUGUCCGCUGGUUGUGAAUAAGAUGUGUUGUCACAAUAAUAUAAAGACUAGACAAUCAUCCACGCUUGCUAGCUAAGAUGAAGCACUAGCUAUUAGUCUCUCA